CCUUUGUACAGUGUAGGCAGGCGGGUUUUCAACGUGCGUUACGUUUUGUUGAUGCUAAAUAUUCAAUUUUAACCAUUUCUCUUCAUUAUUUUCAUCCUGACAUGACAACUGAAUUUACUCCUGCUAAAAAAGAAAUAGUAUCUGAACCAGUACCGCUGGAAAGCGAAAAAACAAGCGAUGAAAAUCGUAUUUGGAUCGGGAAUAUGGAUACGGGGUUGAACGAAUACAACCUACUGCAAGUCCUCAAGUCAGUUGGGAAGUUUAAAGACCUUGAUUAUAUUUACCAUAAAGCAGGACCUAUGGUUGGGUUGUCUCGAGGUUUUAGUUUUGUCACUUUUGAAACUAAGAAGGAUGCAGAGAAAGCGAUUAAAAUUUUAAAUGGUAAACAAGUUUUAUCGAAGAAGUUAAUCGCGCGAUGGGCGCACGAACAGCCCAUUAUACCGACCAAACCUUCACCAGCAACUAAUAUUAGUUUAAACACUGACUUAGCUGUCCCAUCAAUGCAACCUACUUCUUCUAACGCAAGACUUUCAAUGAUUGAAUCCAUCGAGAAGAAAUUAUCAACCAUGCAAAACACUGAGUCGACGUCCCAACCAACAUUAGGACUUCACCCUGAGUUACAACGAGCCAAGAAAAAUAUUUCGGCAGCUGAAGAACAGCGUGCCAGGAGAAGAAACUUUCCCUAUAAUAAAUCUAAUGCUAGGAGAAGAAGAUAGCAUCCCAUUAAGUAUAUUGGUCAAUGGAUAUCUGUGUAUAUAGCUGAAUAGGGGGCAUAUAUAGGCUAUGAAAUACCUUCUGAUGCCCUAUGUGAAAAAAGUUGAAUUUAAUCACCAACAGUCAAUCAAUCACGUGCAUAUUCUAUAUGGUUGACUAUCAAUUAUAUGGGUAUAGCAUCUGACAUGGAACCUGGGAUUUAGACCAGGUUACUACAACCCAACCCACAAAGAGGGAACCAGAAAAUAUGAUGGUUUAAGAUAAAAGUUGAACGCGUUAUAUUAGGAUAUCAUAUUAACCUGUUCUUAACUUUCACCUCACAUUUUUUUUUAUUUGUUUCUCGUUUAGUUUUACACAAACUGUAUACUCUGUUUGUGCAUUUAUUGGAUAAAUAUCUGUAACUUAUUGUCAAUCAAAUCAUCAUUUGGGUGUAGAUGUUCAAAACAUGUUAGGGAAACAUGGGAUAUAUUAUGUACUAACGCUAUCCAUCUUACCCCACGCUGUACUAUACAAGUGUUUCUGUAUUGCACCAACUCAAAACUCACAAUGUCUCAUAUUAACCGCUGUAUAAAACCUCUUACUUUCAAUCACUGCAGCAAACUGAUGAAAAUAUUUUCUUCCA